CACCAACUGUGCCACUUGACUUCAAUCAGUGACGUGGAUUUUCAUUGAGGCAGUCAGAGCUAACGAAAAAAAGGAAAACAAAGCAAACAAAAACACAAUAAUAGAAAUCUCGGUAAAGUUGGUUAGAUAUUGCGGUCGCAGCUGUAACUCGCCGCGGACUGGAGCUGUCCUUCUCUCUCCGUUUGUCUCGACAGUGUUGGUUUUAUCUCAGCUUUAAUAACAGGCAGCUGACUCCAGGAUGAGUAAAGGCAAAGUGCUGAAUCUGAAGGAUAAGAUCAAUGGCAAUGAGAUGGACCUGAGCCUGUGCAACCUGACCGAGGUGCCGGUCAGAGAGCUGGCUGCGUUCCCCAAAGCAACCGUUCUGGACUUGUCCUGCAACAACAUCACCUCUCUCCCUCCAGAGUUCUGCAACCUGACCCACUUGGUCAAGGUGGAUCUCAGUAAAAACCAGCUGACCAGUUUGCCAGAUGACCUGGGGAACCUUGUGAACCUUCAGCACCUGGACCUGUACAACAACAAGCUGAGCGCCCUGCCAGUCAGCUUCUCCCAGCUCAGGAGUCUGAAGUGGCUGGAUCUGAAGGACAACCCACUGGAGGCCGGCCUAGCCAAGGUUGCUGGAGACUGUCUGGAUGAAAAACAGUGCAAACAGUGCGCUUCCAGAGUUCUGCAGCACAUGAGGGCUCUUCAGGAGGAGGCGGACCGUGCGCGUGAGAAGCGCCUGUUGAGGGAAAAAGAGCUGGAGAAGAAGAGGGAGGCUAAGCAGAGGGAGCGGGAGGCCAGGGAGAAGGAGGCUCGCAAACGGGAGAAAGCAGAGGAGAAGGAGAAGAGGAGGAAAGAAUACAACGCCCAGAUGGCAGCCUUAGCUGCACAGGAGCAGCAGAAGAAGAGGAAAGAGGAGAAGAAAAAGAGGAAUGGACAGGCAGCAGAUAAAAAGCCUGUUGUGGAAUCGGCCCCUAAACCUAGGCGCUCCUUCAUUGGCCUGCUGUUCAAACUCCUCCUGCUGCUGCUGCUGGGAUUGGCUGGAGCUGCCGCCGCCUGCCAACUGACAGACCUGCGGAAGGAAGCCGUCUGUGUGCCCGUCAACGUCGCCGUGGACGACAGCCUAUCCUGGGCCAGGCAGCAGGAGGGCGUGGUCAGGCAGCUGGUGCAGAACCUGUCGUCCAUGGCGAAGGAGUUUCUCGAAUCCACACAAGCGUCCAAGAACUAAACAUUCAUCUGCCUCCCUCGCCACGUUGGGCCACCGGGUUCCCACUCCAACAAAAUACUGGAAAUGAUGAUCACUAAUCAGUAAAAACGCUGUGUUGCUUUUAAAAAAAUAUGCUGAAAUUGUGAAUCUGUUUAAGAUGGGAACCCCUGCAUCUGCUCACCUUGACGCGUGGUGUCGUGGAUGUGCAGAUUCUGGAUAGACGGAGGGAUAGAUGCGUAAAGAUCAGCUUAAAUUCCUAUGGAAUUGUCCUCGCUCCUGUCCCCUCUUUGUACUACAGUCUGUUUUUUAAAAAAAUGGCAUCGUUUCAAAUGACACCCUGUUGGCCAUGUUUUGCACUUCCUACGCCCAAGGCCUUACGGUUUGCUUUUCAGUGCGUGCAUUACAUAGAGAACGGCUUGUAUUUGAGAGAUGUCCAGUGAAAUGUUUUGUCAGGUGGCCCUGUCUGUGCUGCAUUGAAGUCUUAAAUCAAGUGUACCUGGCGGUGAAGAUUUUGCAUCGGCCAGUGUUAGAUCUGGCAGUCUGAGCAUGUGCUGUAAAGGCUGUGUGAAUGUCAAGUUCACAUGUGCGUCUUCCUUCUUCCUGGUCUUACAUCAGCUGAACCAGUGAAAUCUCACAGCAUGCUGAAGGCCGCACUACCUUUACUCCUGCAGAAACUCGACCAGCUGUACCCAGAAUCCCCUGAGCCUCUCAACAAUAAGGACCAAGUGUUGAUGUUGAACCAGCUGUCCUAAGUCUGCAGCG